AUGGAAUCAGCCUAUCAAAAAGUCUACGAUUAUUUCGGAGGUGACCCCUUGCUUAUCUAUGUGAUAGGAGGUACAGUAAUCGUGAAUAUCAACUUCUGGCUGUUCAAUUUAUUUUUCAUUCUGAUCGAUAUGAUUGAUCCGAAUUGGGUGCAACCUUAUAAGAUUCAGGAUGAGAAGAAACCGCCGUUAUCGAAAUAUCUUGGAGCCUUUAAAGUUAUUUUGACAAAUCAAUUCAUUUCGGGACCACUGAUCACGAUAUGCUGGUAUUUUCCAGCGGUUUGGUUUGGCGCCCGCUUCACUGGACCAAUGCCAUCUGUCCUAGAAAUUCUACGCGACAUUUUUGUGUCGAUUUUAUGCGAGGAAAUCGGAUUUUACUAUACUCACAGACUCUUCCACCACCCAAGAAUUUAUAAGUACAUCCACAAAAAGCAUCAUGAGUGGACCGCACCAGUUUCUAUCACAAGCAUCUACUGUCACCCUCUGGAACAUGCAAUCUCAAAUUUGAGUCCAGUUCUUCUGGGACCAACAAUUUGCGGAAGCCACGUGGUGACUCUUUGGAUUUGGGCAUCACUCGCGAUUCUCUCAACGACUUGUUCGCAUUCAGGCUAUCAUUUCCCAUUCAUGUUUUCACCAGAACCACAUGACUAUCAUCAUAAAGUAUUCAAUGAAUGCUUUGGAACUGGACUUUUGGAUUGGAUCCACGGAACAGACACCACUUUCCGCAAGUCAGUGGAAGGAAAACGAAACUAUAUGAGUUGGAGUCUCAAACCAAUCAAGCAGAUUCAUCCGGACGAUGAGAAACAAGAAUAG